CGAACCACACUUCCCGGCGGGCAGCGCGGUGAGCGCGCAUGCGCACCUCGCACUGCGAGGGGUUUCUCGGCGUGACGCGGACACCGCCCUCGCCGCCCUCUCCUCCCCCUCCCCUCAGAUUCUUCUCUCUCAAAGUAGCUAAGAAAGAACAAUGGGAGUUCAAGGACUUUGGAAACUGCUUGAAUGCACUGGAAGACCUAUAAACCCAGAAACACUAGAAGGAAAAAUUCUUGCUGUUGAUAUUAGUAUUUGGUUAAACCAAGCAAUAAAGGGAGCCAGAGAUCGUCGUGGUAAUUCCAUACAAAAUGCUCACCUCCUCACUCUGUUUAAUCGACUCUGCAAGUUACUGUUUUUCCGAAUUCGGCCUGUCUUUGUUUUUGAUGGAGAGGCACCACUUCUGAAGAGACAGACCUUGGCUAAGCGAAGACACAGGAAGGACGUGGCCGUGCGUGAUUCCAGAACAACUACAGAGAAACUCCUGAAAACAUUUUUGAAGAGACAAGCUAUCAAAACUGCUCUUACAGGCAAAAGCAGUGAAGUUUUGCCCAGUAUAACACAAGUUCGAAGAGAAGAAAUUGAUGAUAUAUAUGUAUUGCCUUCUUUAGAGAAUGAAGAGAAGAACAGCUCAGAGGAGGAAGACGAAAAAGAAUGGGAGGUGAGAAUGAGCCAAAAAAAGAUACUGCAGGAAGAAUUAUUUGAAAACCCUCAUUCUGUAGAUAUUGAGUCAGAAGAUUUUAACAAGCUGCCUCCAGAAAUAAAACAUGAGAUCUUGACUGAUAUGAAAGAAUUUACAAAACGAAAAAGAACAUUGUUUGAAGCAAUGCCGGAGGAGUCCAGUGACUUUUCCCAGUACCAGCUUAGGGGUUUGCUUAAGAAAAGCAACCUCAAUCGGUGCAUAGAAAAUGUAGAAAAAGAAUUGAAUCAACAGCACUCAGGUCAAAUCCAAGAACAGUACGAAAAUGAAGGUGGUUUUGUGAAAGAAGUGGAAUCUAGAAGGGUAAUUUCUGAAGACACUUCUCACUAUAUCUUAAUAAAAGGUAUUCAAGCAAAAGAAGCUACUAGUAGAGACUUGGAAACUACUGCAGGACCCUCAUCAAAAAAACCUGAAUUUACUAAGUUGAAUAAAAUGAAUGAAUCUCCUGCGAAUGCAGAAGUAGUUGCAUCUGACAAGUUGCAGACAGAGAAAGAUAAAAAUGUAACAGCACCACCCUCUCCCCAGACUUUGCUUGCUAUCCAGGCAGCUAUGGUGGAAAGCAGCUCGGAAGAAGAAUUGGGGUACAAAGAUGAAGGACGCUUGAACGUUGUCCCAUCUAUAACAGAGGAAGGCAGCGUGUCUCCAAGAACAUUAUGGGCAAUUCAGCGAGCUCUGAAUGAUGAUGAUGAUGAAGAGGAGGAAGUUGUUACUGUUAGAACUGAUAGAGUGCUAACAGAAAGGUCAGAAGUGAGGGAUUUUCUGCUUAGUAGCUCAGAUGAGGAAGAUCAGAUUCCUGGAGUAUGGGAGGAUAAAGAAAUACCUAUGUCUGCAAUUCAUUCAUCAAACCAAGUGAUUAUGCAAGACUCUGAAUUUGGACAAAAGAGUCAGGAGUUGGAAAAAAAUCAAAUUACACCCAAGGGCACCAGUAUAUCCACAGCUGAAAAUUAUUCUUCUGUUGAUGAUGCUAGAAAAGAAAAAGAAGAAGACAAAGAAGAAAAUGGUUCAAAAAUGGACUCAAAUUCUUUGGAAAACAAGGAUACAAACUUGUGCAUUCAGAAGCCAAGCUAUUCCCCUGCAGAAACUAGUAUAGGGUCUUUGAUUCACAGUGAAGCAGCAGACCUUUCUGAAACUGAGGAAAACUUGAAAAGUUCUAAAAAUAUAGAGGAAGUAAUUUUACAAACAGAAGAGAAUGUAUCUGAGGUACAAAAGGAAAUUAUUUUUUUUCCAGCAGCAGAAGGUCCUAAGGAGGAAAGAGAAGGCAUAACACAGUCUGAAGACAGUGAUUCUGAUGGAAGCUUUAUCGAAGUGGGUGCUGAAAUCAGUAAUGAGGGUGAUUCACCUACUAAAUAUGAUGAGAGGCUGGGUGAAAAACCAGCACUUUCAGAAAUGGAGAAGGACAGACAAGAUGUUGUCACGCAGGACUUGCAGAAGCAGUCUGAUGGAGUGCAGCUGACAAACAGUCAGAAUGCUGAACAAGAAAAUGAUGGCAAAGACGCAGCAGAUGAGUGGCAAGACAUCAGUUUGGAAGAACUAGAAGAAUUAGAAGAUGACCUUUCUGUUGAGCAGGAUGUACUUCAGGCUCAAAAACAGCAGCAGGAGCGUGUUGCUUCUUCUGUAACAGGACAGAUGUUCUUGGAAAGCCAGGAGCUCCUCCGUCUGUUUGGCAUUCCAUACAUCGAAGCUCCAAUGGAAGCGGAGGCACAAUGUGCUAUACUGGACCUCACUGACCAGACCUCUGGGACAAUCACUGAUGAUAGCGAUGUUUGGUUAUUUGGUGCACGGCAUGUUUAUAAAAAUUUCUUCAGUCAAAACAAAUAUGUGGAAUAUUAUCAAUACAUUGAUUUUCAAAACCAGCUAGGGUUGGAUCGAAGCAAGUUAAUUAAUUUGGCAUACUUGCUUGGAAGUGACUACACCGAGGGCAUCCCAAAUGUUGGCUUUGUAACAGCGAUGGAGAUCUUAAAUGAAUUUCCUGGGCGUGGACUGGAACCUCUCCUAAAAUUCGCUGAGUGGUGGCAGGAGGCUCAGAAAAAUAAGAAAAUGAGACCUAAUCCACAUGAUACCAAAGUCAAGAAGAAGUUGCGGGAGCUGCAGCUUUCUUCAGGUUUCCCAAAUCCAGCAGUAGCAGAAGCGUACCUGAAGCCUGUGGUGGAUGAAACAAGGGGUUCGUUCACAUGGGGGAAGCCUGAUGUAGAACAGAUCAGAGAAUUCUGUAAAGAUCAUUUUGGCUGGACUAGGACAAAGAUAGAUGAAGUCCUUUUGCCUGUGAUGAAACAGCUGAACUUGCAGCAGACUCAGCUUCGAAUUGAUUCAUUCUUCAGACUAGCACAGCAUGAAAAACAAGCUAUUAAAAGUCAGAGACUACGCAGAGCUGUGACUUGUCUGAAGAGAAAGGAAAAAGAAGAAGCUGAUGAAAUUCGGGAAGCUACUGCUGUUAUGGAGAAAGAACUUAAACAACAUGAGAAACGGAAAGGGGGCAGUACUUCAGGCUGCUCAAAUCAUCGAGCCAUGGCAACAGAAAUCCAAAGUGGAAAAAGAAGGAAGCAUUCAGAUUUCAGAAAGGAACCUUUAUAUGGAGGCGGUUUUGUUGGGAAUUUGCAUCUCUCAGAAACUUCUAGUGACUCCUCAGCAGAGGAAGUGGAAAGCAGAGAUUUAGAUGAGAGCAAAAGGAGGAAAAUUGCCUCUAAUGUAGAGAAAGCAGACCAUAAAAAGGGGUACAGUAGCUCAAGUGGUGAGGAUGAAGAACUGGGAAACCUGAUCAUGGUGACUGCCAAAUCUGUGUUUGAGGGCAGAAAACAGAAACCAAAGAAUAAGAGAGGAAAAAAAAAGAAAAAGCCUUAAAGAAAAAAAGUCUUAAAGAUAGGUUGGGUAUAGGUUUUUUAUGACUUAAACUCUGUA